CGGGCAUGAGCGCAGCGGAAAGAUGGCGGGCGCCGAGGUUGAUGCGGACGUUAGGAAGCUGAUGGGCAACCUGCGGCAGCUGGGCAACGAGCUGAGGGAGCUCGGCGUGUCCGUGCAGUCGUCCGGGGAUUACUGCCAGCGCUUCUGCCAGACGCUUGUACAGUAUGCUGGGAAGUGGAAGAUCUCUGAAGAUCCUUUACCUUUAUUGGAAGUGUAUACUGUGGCCAUACAGAAUUACUCAAAGGCACGGCCUUGCCUCACUGCUGAGUGUGAGAAUGUAUGCUUUGUGCUUGACCGACUAGCACUGAGCUGUACUGAGCUUUUGCUUUGCCUGCCUGAUGAAGUACCAGACACACUUUGGGAGCAGUUUCAGGCCUGUGUACAGGCAGCCCAUAAAGUACUAUCAGAAUAUGGGAAUCCAGAACUUCAAAUGCUGGCUGUACUUGCCCAGGAAGGUGGGGUAUGGAAGAACUCUGUACUUGACAACAUUUUCUCCCAGCAGCCAUUGGAACAGGAUAAAGUGAAUGAAUUUCUGAUGCAGGAAGGUCCUGCCCUUCUUGAAAUGCGAAUCCGACACCUCAUCAAAGGAAAGAGAUUUGAUCAGGCUACGAAGUUGGCAAAAGUUUGUGCUGAACAUCCAGAAAUUGGUACAAAGAGUAUUUUUAAACAGAUCUACCUAACCUGCCUUUGUACUUCAUCAUCGAGUGAAAUCUUAAUGGAAGAGAUCUCAGCUGUUGACUGCAAGGAUGCAUUGGAGAUGAUUUGUAACCUGGAAUCCGAUGGGGAGGAGAACUUAGCCCUCAUCUUAUGCACAGCCUUCCUCACACGGCAGCUUCAACAAGGAGACCUAUACUGUGCUUGGGAGCUGACACUCUUCUGGAGCAAGUUGCAGCAACGGAUAGAGUCAUCUUCCUUAACCUUUCUGGAAUGCUGUCGGCAGUUCUCCAUGUUGUCUAAAACAGUUUAUCACAUAUUCUUUCUGAUUAAGGUCAUACAGUCAGAGGCAGGGGAAGCUGGGCUUUCAGCUUGUAUUGAGCUGUGUGUGAGGGCACUACGCAUGGAAUCAAAUGAAAGUCCUUCAGUGAAAACAUCGAUCUGCAAGACAGUAUCAUGCUUGUUACCUGAUUAUUUAGAGGUCAGGCGUGCAUGCCAGCUCACCGAAUUCCUCCUGGAGCCCACGGUAGAAGCAUAUUAUGCAGUUGAGACUUUGUACAACCAGCCAGAUCAGAAGUAUGAUGAUGAAAAUGGCCCGAUCCCAAAUUCACUGAGAUGUGAGCUCCUGCUUGUUUUAAAAACUCAUUGGCCCUUUGAUCCUGAAUUCUGGGAUUGGAAGACUCUGAAACGACAUUGUCUUGCAUUAAUGGGGGAGGAAGCAUCCAUCGUGUCUUCCAUUGAUGAGCUUAAUGACAGUGACCUGUUUGAAAACAAUGAGACCCAUCCAGAAGAAGCUGCUAUGAAAGAACAUUCACUGAAUGGACUUCCUAAAUUUUACAGCGAUGUGAUGAAGGUACAGAAUGGUUCAUCUGAAAAAGUGGAAAUGAAGGAAAAACAUAAAAUUGAGAAAGGUGUGGUGUCUGCCAGAUUUAAGAAUUGGCAGGCAUAUAUGCAGUAUUGUGUAUUAUGUGACCGAGAGUUUCUGGGACACCGAAUCAUCCGCCAUGCUCAAACUCAUGUGAAGGAUGGAAACUAUUACUGCCCCAUCUGUGCCAAAAGUUUCAAGAAAAAGGAGAUUUUUGUUCCACAUGUUACAUUUCAUAUUAAGCAGUCUUGUAAAGAACGACUGGCAUCUAUCAAACAAAAAAGGAGAGUUGGAAGGCCUCCGAAGAAUUUGACUGACUUCAGUCCUGCAGAUAAAAAAAUAGCUGAAGUAGAUAAGCAAGAACAUCGUCCAAUUAAAAGGAACAGCCUGUACGGUGAGGAUUUUGUGGUCUUCAGUGAUAGCGAUGGUUCUGAUGAUGAAGGUAAGGACAAAUCGUACAAACCUGCAAUGAUAACCACACAAAAAGUGGACUACACCGAAGAUUAUAACUGUCCCGUAACUAUCUGUACCAAAACUUUUAAGUAUUUUAAAAACUUAAUUGCGCACGUGAAAGGUCAUGGUAACGAUGAAGAAGCAAAACAGUUUCUUAAAAUGCAAAGUAAUAAAGUUGUUUGUCAGUAUUGUCGCAGGCGCUUUGUCAGCGUUUCUCACCUUAAUGAACAUUUGCAAAUUCACUGCGGCCCUAAACCAUAUGUCUGUAUUCAACUGGAAUGUAAUGCAAGCUUUGGCACCUACUCUGAAUUGGUAGGACAUAGAAAAGAACAUCUGCUGUUUAAAGCUAAAUGCAUGUUUCAAAAUUGUGGAAGGAUUUUCACAGAGUCAUAUUUGUUAUAUGAUCACGAAGCACAACAUUACCACAAUUCCUCAUAUACUUGCAAAUUUUCAAACUGUGGAAACAUUUACUACUCCCAGAGUGAACUGCAAAAGCAUGAAGUUGGUCACACAGCACAUGCUUCUGUGAAAAUUGAAGUUGAAAAUAGUUCACCUUUUCACACAGACCAGUUGGCUACAAAUAGAACUGAUCGGGUAGGCCAAUUAUUGCAAAUAAAGACUGAAGAUGAGUCACGCCUUGAGUCUGGUGUUUAUGAGAAUGGUUUUAGUAUUGAUUGUGUUCCAAGUGAAACUGCCAAACCUAAAUCUUCUAUGUCAGAGGAACUAAAUGUUUUACCUUCCAUUGAGGAACAGAAUCAUCUUCCUAAAGAUGAACACUGUGUUACCGUGAAGAAUGAAGAGACAGCGGGCAUGGAUAUGACUCAUGAUAUUCUGCCAGAAACUGUGUUUAAAGGGGAGGACACUCCUAUUCCAACACUGCCUACAGAAAAUGCAGCUGGUGAAGCUGCAAAAUCAGUCCAAAGGUUCAACUGUAAGGUUGAUGGCUGUAAUCGAAGCUAUACCUCAUCACGUAGCGUGAGCAAACAUAUCAAAGCUGCCCAUCCUGAAUACUACGAAAUGCUGAAGCAACAACGGAACCUACCAAAAAUCCAGCAGAUUAGAAAUCCCCUGAAAUGUCAAAAUCAGGAAAAGCCUUCAAAUCCGUUAUAUUAUCCAAAUGAGAGAAUUUCAGAUCUGACACCUGAAAGCACCUCGAAUGCAGUAGGUGCUGUUUAUCAGCAGCCCGUAUCCUGUGUUUUGACAGUUGAAAGUGAGAACAUAGCUCAAUCCAGGAAGAAAAAGCAUACUCACAACAAGCGUGCAAAAUGGCCUGCAAUCAUUAAAGGCGACAAAUUUAUCUGUAGUAGGUGCUACAGAGAGUUUACUAAUCCCAAAUCUCUAGGAGGUCAUUUGUCACGGCGGGCAAUCUGUAAGCCUUAUGAUAAAAAGGAAAGUUCGUCAGUUGUGGAGCAGAAGAAUGGACAGGCUCUAUAUGUGACUGAAAAGAUCCUUUCAUCGGAUGUGUUCACACCACAAGGACAUGAACCUCCCUGUAUCUCCGAUACAUUCUUGACUGGUGAAACAUUCCUUCAGUCAUUGGAAAUGGGGGACAGUACAGAGCCAUUUGCUGGUCAUGAGCUUUUUCAAUCCACGCAGGAGAACAACUACAAUCCCAAUAUAUUUGAGCCAAACAAGACCCUCCCAGUUGCCAGCCUUCCUGGAACAUUUGAUUCAGAAGUAAUUCAGCAGACUUUUCAGCCCAGGUUUGAGAUGGGUGCAGUAGAGGAAAACUCAACCAACAUAACCAUAUCACAGGCACUCACAACUGUGUGUAGCCCAAGGUCAUUUGUGGCUGGUGAAGACAUGUCACUCAGCACUGAGGUCCCACCAAUGCUGGAUGUGACCAGCUCAACUGCAUAUUCAUCUUGUGAACCCUUGCAACAGCCACUGGAGUCCAACUUUUGUUCAGGAACAUAUGUUGACAGUGAGAUUCACCCACAAAAUUUGGAAAGCAACUGUGAGCCCUCUGUGUUUUUUACUAAUGGUACCCUUCCUGAGGUUGAUACAAGUCGUAAUCCAUCUCGCUCUGAAGACCCUAGGACAUUAGAUAUAAGAAUAGCUGAAGUGUUGUUGGGCUUGCAAAAUCUGAACUUGGAGUAUGAUGAGAAGCUUUACACAAGUGGUGCACCACUCCAAACCUCGCAGUCAGGGACACCAGCUUCCUCCAUGAACAUCUUGACACAUGCACCAAUGAAUAAUUGUACCAGUGGUCCGAACAUUAUCAACCAGUGCUUGACCGUCCCACAGACAAACACUUCACUGCAACUCACUGAAACUGAGAAUGACAAAGAACUGAAAGUGAACCUCAUUAAACCUUUUAUCUGCCAGGAAGCCGGCUGCAUCUAUAGUGCAAUGACUAAAGAUGCUCUGACAAAUCAUUAUGUCAAAGUACAUCAGUACUCCAAGGAGCAAAUUAUGGAAAUAAAGAUGUAUCAGACUAGAUUUGCUCCAUUUAGGUGCCAUGUUCCUAACUGUCAGAAAACUUUUACAAGGAACUCUAACCUUCGAGCCCACUACCAGUUGGUGCAUCACGUAACACGGGAGGAGCUGGUAAAAUUGAGAAUCAAAAGAGUGUACUGCAGAAAAUUGGAGGCCCAGUAUAAAACUGCGGACUCUUUGCCACCAUUGCAAGAAAUCAUGCCUCAAUCCACCGUUGAUGGGACACAGGAGGAUGAAUCGAUAGGUCUGCAUGAAUUGGACGCAGUAACUUCAGCACCCAAUGAGAUUAAUUCCGAGAUCGGACUCCAUCUACAUAGUGCACAUAAUGAAAAGUCUGUACUUUAUGAUCAGGGGCUCUCCCAGAAUGGCUCAGUGCUUCUGGCAGGUCUGGAGGAUUGCUCCCCAUUAUCAGCACAGCUCCAAAAUACUCUAGCACAAUCCAUAGGCCCACAAGACACCUUGGUGCCCACAGCAGUGUCUCAGGAUAUCCCGUUACUACUGGCAGGGCCCACGGGUGAUACUGCGUUGCCCGUUGAGCCACACAGUAGUCCUACGUCAACUGAAGAUCUGCUGGCUAUCUCGCCACUCUUGACAUGGCCACAGCCUGUUUUGCCACUGUCUGUGAAACCCCAGGAUGUCUCCACCAUUCCAGCAGGGCUGCAGGAUGUGUCUCUUCUGCCAACACAGCAACAAUGUGCAUCUCCGCUACCAGCAAUGCCACAGUCUAUCCCCAUGCCUGGGGCUCCGGCUGUUCUGCCAAUUACAACAGGCCCAGCCGAUGUCCCAUUCUUGCCAGCAGGGCCAUUGGCCAUCUCCAGAAUACUAUCAAACCCACAGACUAUCUUGCCACUGGCAUCCAGGUCAGAGGAUGUCUCAUUAUUGUCAAUGAGCUCAUCUAGUUCCUCGCCCGUGUCUGUGGGACUGCUGGGUUCCUCUGCUGUGACUGUGGGGCCACCAGGGGCUUCACCCAUGUCCUUGGGGUUGCCAGGAUCUUCAUCCAUGUCCAUCAGGUUGCCGGGAUCUUCACCAGUGUCUCUGGGACUUCCAGUUUCCUCUGCUUUGUCCACAGUGCCAUCAACCUCCUCUGCUGUGUCUGUAAGGCCCUCGGAUGCUUCACCCAUGACGACAGUGGGACUACCAGGAUCGUCGCCAGUAACGGUGGGACUGCCGGGAUCAUCAUCAGUGACGGUGGGACUGCCGGGAUCGUCACCAGUGACGGUGGGACUGCCGGGAUCGUCACCAGUGACGAUGGGACUGCCGGGAUCGUCGCCAGUGACAAUGGGACUGCCGGGAUCGUCACAGGUGACAAUGGGACUACCGGGAUCGUCGCCGGUGACAGUGAGACUACCGGGAUCGUCACCGGUGCCCCUGGGACUGCCGGGAUCGUCACCGGUGACAGUGGGACUACCAGGAUCGUCGCCUGUGACCACAGUGCUGCCGAGAUCAUCACCGGUGAUGGUGGGGCUGCCGGGAUCAUCACCAGUGCCCCUGGGGCUGCCGGGAUCAUCACCGGUGACGGUGGGACUACCAGGAUCAUCGCCUGUAACCACAGUGCUGCCAAGAUCAUCACCAGUGCCCCUGGGGUUGCCGGGAUCGUCACCAGUGUCCCUGGGGCUGCCGGGCACCCCUCUUUCAGCAGAGCCACUAGAAGUAUUGAUGAAUCCGGUACAAACAAAGGAUGCCUUUCUACAUCCAGAGAAACCGGAAGGUGUCAUAGUGCAGCCAUCAGAUAUAUCAAUGCAGGAAGGGAAAUGUGAGGGAGAUUUGGAGCAAACUGAAGAAGCUGGAGGUACAACAAAGUUUACAAAGGUACCUGGAGAAAGGAAGUGCAAGAAAGCAGUUGCAAAAUUAAGAACAGAGUGUGACAUCAAUAACUUUCACAAACCAUACCAGUGUGUUCACAAAGGUUGCUCUGCAGCUUUCACUAUUCAACAAAACUUAAUUCUGCAUUAUCGAGCUGUACACCAGUCUGACCAACAGCUGCUUCAUGCACAGAUAAAACAAGAAAUCACCCAAAAUGACAACAUCCAGGUUAAAGAGUUUCAGUGCCAGAUUGAUGAUUGUUGUAGAAUUUUCCAAGGAGCUACUGAUCUCAUUAAACACUACUCUGAGAUUCAUGGUCUCGCCAUAGACGAAAUUGGAAAAAUUAUGUCUGCGAAUGAAGGAAAAUUUCAUUGCGACCAAGCUUAUUGCAUGUCUUCAUUUACAGUAUUCUGGAACUUUAUUAAACACCUUCUGGUAGCCCAUGGCAUAGAUGUCGAUAGUCCACAAAAUGAUGCGGAUGCAGCAUGUUUUAAGUGUGACUGUGAAGGCUGUGAUCGUACUUAUGCCACCAGAUCUAACCUUUUAAGACACAUCUUUACAAAGCACCGAGAGCUUCAUCAAUCUCAUUUAAUGAGGCCCAGAAGAAUCAUACCAUCAGAGCAAGAAAACAUUCCAAGUGUAACUACUCAGGAUGAUCUUGCAGAUGGAAAAGGCUAUUUUGGAUCUGGAGAAGUUAGUGAAAAUGAAGAUGCUGCAAAUCACAGUAAAUCUAGUGAAUGUUUUGCUUCAGAUAGCAGGAAUAUAAAAAGUGGUGAAAUUGAUGAUAAGUCAUACAACUCUAGAAAAGUUGGUAAAUUUACUUUUAAAAGUAAGGCUCAAGCCUUGGCCAUGUGCAGCAGCAAGUCUCCGAAAGAGCAGUAUCCAUGUAUGUUUGAGAACUGUUCAUCUGUUGUCACCAGUGAACACAGUCUGGUAAAACAUUAUAGGAUUCAUCACAAAAUAUCCAGUGCAUUCGUUAGUCAAUACCACAAUCAUCUGGUAACUUGCAGGAAGUAUUCAAAUGUCCAAGGUAAAGAAUUAACUGAAUGCAUAACCAGCCAUGAAGAAGGAUCGGUGGAGUAUGCUGUCAAUGGAGAUGUGACUCGGCAGCAGGGCAAGCCAAGUGAAACUGAGAUUUUCGGUAAGAAGCUGGAGAACGAUAACUCCUUCAAGAGCUCCGUUGAUGAACUUUCAGAACUGUUUAAUGCUAAACUUAUUGAUGGCACUGGUAGUAAGUGCAUUAAAACUGAACAGAAAGAGAUGACUGGUGAGACUAAAUUCACCGAUGUGAGUAGCUACCAGCCUUCUAAGAAAAGAUCAAACAUUCACCUGGAUCUGUCAGGCACAGAAGAGGGCAUACAGACUAAAAAGAAAAAGAACUUAAUUGAAGAAACCCCUGAGCAGCUGUUGAAAGAUAAUUCAAACCAAGCUCUCCAUCAGAAAAAGGUUUGUCCUCCAGAACGCAGCUCAUGCACACACAAGACACAUCAUCACAAGCCUUUUGAUUUAAGUACAUUUAAACCCAUGGGAUUUGAAUUUUCCUUCCUGAAGUUCCUUGAGGAAUCUGCUCUGAAGCAAAAGAAAAAAGCUCUAGCCAGUAAAGGUUCAUCUCUCAAUCCUACUAUUAACACUGAGAAAAUGGUGGAUGGCAGAUUAAAUUCAUCCUUUGUCAUGGUAGGUGACGAAGACAGAUUGCCAACAAAGCAUCCUGUCAAAAAAGACGCAAAUUCAGUGGUUCUUGUCGACCACAACAAGCAGUCUGUCGCAGAUAAAUUAUGUGAUCAAAAUACCGAACAUCGGACCCUUGCUAAUUUUGCGACUCCUUUAUCUCUUCACAUUUUUAAGAACAUAAAAAUUAUAAUGGACAAGGCAGACUCAAACUGUGUUGAGCUUGCUGAGAAGCAACUUCAGCAUAUGCAACCCACAGUAGUCCUUAGUCGAGUAAAGGUAGACUUUAAUAUGCUGGCCCAAGUUAAGGGUAUAAAGGAAAGACUCACUGUUAAGAGUACAUAAUUCUGUAACACUUAGUGUAUGUAUUGAAGUAAAUAAGAGGAAUUAGAAGCUGUAAUUUGCUUUCAUUUGGUCCUUAAUAGUAUUUGAACCAAAAGGAUGCCUGUACAUUUUAACCAAAGCAUGUUUGUAAAUGUCUUUUUUAAUAUAAUUUUUUAAACAAAAUCUAAUGUGGCAGUAGCCAUGUUCAAUGUAUUCAACAGAAUCCCUAUGGGACUAAAUUAUGACACAGAACGGUUGCUCUGUUUAUGUAAAACAAAUGUAAUUUGAGGUCAAGACAGUUGUAUACAAAGGAGGGACUAGCCUUGGACUGCUGUGGAGGUUCUGUUAAUAACCUGAUGGGUCAGUAUUCCUGAGCAUGACAGUGCAAAUACUGUAUGAUAUAGUUUGAACUGUACUUUUAUCAUUGUGUACAUAUUUAAAGAGAUUGUAUCCCAUUUACUACAAAGCCUUUCUAGUCCCAAUUCAUAAAUACAAAAUUGUACACAAAUAAAAUCAGAAACUGCUGGAAAUACUCAGCAAGUUAGGCAUCAAAGUGGAGGGACACAUGGAGUUAAUGUUUCGGGUUCAUGACCUUCCAUCAGACUGGUUCUGCACAACAGUGGACAUCACUAUAAUAAAGGUCUCUUGCAAAGUUUAAAAUGGUUUGUAUUUUAUUAAUUCUGCUAUAUCUUGUCCUAUUUGAUACAAUAUUAUAAAUGAUGCUCAAACAUUCUUGUUUUUGGAGAGGGGAAGAAGUAUGUACAUUUUGUAGAAAAUUCAAACUUCUUUGUAUGUUCUUUAUGGGAUACUCUCUCUUACAACCCCAUCUUGUAAGGGUUUUGAGAACAAGCUCCAGCAAUACAAGCUGUGUAAUAUAGCUAAGCUCCUUGAUGUUUUUCUUUAAAACAGUAUCUAGUGAAGAAAACAUUGUUUAAAAAAAUCCUAUUGAGAGAUCUUUUAACUUAAUGGAAAAGAGACUAUGUUAUUCCAGGACCCCUCAUUUAUAUAAUCAAUACUAAACUGUAGAAAAUAUUUAAAAAUGCAUUAAAACCAAGUACCCAACCUGAGUGUAAAAGCACUGUUGAAAAUUGGAUUUGAGGUGACCCACAUACCUGAAGACAACUUUAAUGUGAAAAGCUCGGUGAGGAAUUUGAAUGUAAAUGAAGGUUGAUCAUCACAUUUUCAGAGGUGCCAUCUGACACGUUGAUCUUCUGUGAGCAAUGCUGUAUUUACACACAGUUUUACUGCUCUGGAGCUCUGUUACUGAAAGUGUGUACAUCUGAAGUUCUUUUGUUUCUGAACUUAAUGACCAAUAUUGAGUGUCUGAAUGUUCAUUGAUACCUGCUCAGGAUAUUAACAUGUCUGGUGUGAAUUCACACACAGUUUUAAGUGGCCAAAUCAGCAGAAUGAUAGUAUGCAGUCCAUUUCAGCAAACCAGAAGACCAUCUUGACGUGUACAGCUUACAGUGCACCUUGCCAAAGGUUUAUUCAAAACGUUAUAACAUGGUAUCAGGGGAAAACAAAGGGAUUUUUUUUUGAGUCUGUAAUUGUGGGGAAAACAUUCCUUUCUUUUGUAUACUAGCCUGUAUUUAUAGUUGUAUCUCAUUUAUAUAUUUGAAUACAGUAUUGUUAUUGUAAAUAAUGCAGUAGUAUUUAGAUGAAAUGUUAAAAUAGAAAAUUAGAUGUCACUUUAAAUAAUGCAUUUGUUUUGUUAAAUUAAUAUAAAAAUAUUGAAAAUAAAUCUGCUUAAGGAGUUAAUUUUUAAUACUGAGGCUACCUGCUCUCUAAUUACAAAUACUGAUUUUUCUAUUUUAAGGUCUGCUUGA